AUGAACCUCACACUGAGCGCUGAGCCUGGACUCUUCCUGACCAACAGCUCCCCGGGGAUGCGAGCCAAUCCUGUCACAGCAUUCAUGUCACAUGACCUCCAUCCAGCCAAUGAUUCACUCCCCAACAUCACUCAGAUUCCCAGCGUGCUCUCAGACCCGCUCGGUGGCCACAGCGUCCUUCAGGUCGUGAUGAUUGCGUUAUUGUGCGGAUCCAUCUCUCUGCUCACCAUCAUCGGGAACACACUCGUCCUGCUGUCCUUCAAACUCAACAAACAGCUCAAAACCGUCAACAAUUAUUAUCUGCUGAGCCUGGCGUUCGCUGACCUCAUCAUCGGCGUGCUGUCCAUGAAUCUAUACACCACCUACAUCAUCAUGGACCAGUGGGCGCUGGGAAACUUUGCGUGCGAUCUAUGGCUGGCUAUUGAUUACGUAGCCAGCAAUGCAUCAGUUAUGAAUCUGCUGGUUAUCAGUUUCGACCGCUAUUUUUCAGUCACGCGUCCGCUUACUUACAGAGCAAAGCGGACUACUAAGCGCGCAAUGACUAUGAUUGGUUUAGCCUGGUCCAUUUCGUUCAUCCUAUGGGCUCCUGCGAUUCUCUUCUGGCAGUAUUUUGUCGGAGAACGGACGGUUGAGCCAGAUAAGUGUUAUAUACAGUUCAUUUCAGAGCCAAUAACUACGUUUUGCACAGCAAUCGCUGCGUUUUACCUGCCGGUGACCAUCAUGACUGUGCUUUACUGGAGGAUCUAUAAGGAAACGGAAAACCGUUCUAGGGAAUUAGCAGGAUUGAAAGCAUCUGGGAAUGCGAAGGAAGAGUCUGUGGUGGUGGUUCCUCAAACGGGAAGCUCUCGAAGCCACAGCAGCUACGAGCUCCAACCGGCAGCUCCGAUGAGGACAAAUAAAACAAGGCGACUGUGGUUUUGGAGUCGUGGAGAUGUGGAGCGCAGCAGUAGCGACAGCUGGAAUAAUAACGAAACUGCCGUCUCUAUCGAUCAAUCAGAUGACGACGAUGAAGAGGAUGGCGAACACAUCUAUACCAUCGAGAAGCAAGAUUUAGAGGCGAAACCAUCCAAAUUAGAAGUUUCAAAAUCAUCCACUCUGGACUCCAAAGAUCAGCCUGGUAAAUCCGCACGCAAGACCAACAAGCGUAAGAAGCUGUCGCUGGUGAAAGAGAAAAAAGCGGCGCAGACUUUGAGCGCCAUCUUGUUGGCCUUCAUCAUCACAUGGACGCCGUAUAACAUUAUGGUGCUUCUGAAUGCUUUCUGCGAUGGAUGCAUCCCGGAGACGCUGUGGGCUUUGGGGUAUUGGCUGUGCUACGUCAAUAGUACGGUAAACCCCAUGUGUUAUGCGCUCUGCAAUAAAGCUUUCCGCACCACCUUUAGGUCGAUCCUGCUGUGUCAGUGGAGGAAGAAGAAAGUCAAUAAAACACAGAUCCAGCAGAGAGCGCCGGCCGCCACCUACCGCAAACACACUCCUGCUGAAGCCUAG